AUGUUACAUGCAAAGAACAGCUAUGCCGUAGCCAGUGGUAUAUCUCAUAUGAUCCAUGUUGCCGACCAGCUCAUUCAAGCUGGCUACCGGGUGCGGGGUACAAGCAGAGACACGACCAAAACCGCCUGGAUUACCGAGAUGUUUGACAAGAGGUACGGCGAGGGCAAAUUUGAAGCUGUGGUAGUAAAAGACAUGGCAGAAAGUGGUGCCUUUGAUGAAGCAUGUAAAGGCGUCUCCGGUGUGGCUCACGUAGCCUCCGUCCUCACUUUCGACUCUGACCCCAACAAGGUCAUACCGACUGUAGUGAAUGGAGCCGUGAACGCAGCUACCUCUGCUGCCAAACAGACCUCGGUCAAACGCUUCGUCUACACCUCUUCUUCAACUGCCAUCACCGCGCCCAGACCCAAUGUUGAGAUCACAAUCAGCACAGAAAAUUGGAACAACGAGGACGUCAAGGCAGCUUGGGAACCUCCUCCGUUUGAAGCAAAAGGAGCAUGGAGUCCAUACGGCGCGAGUAAGACGCAAGCUGAGCAGGAAAUGUGGAAGUUUGUGAAAGAGCAUGAACCAGGCUUCGUUCUGAACGCAGUGUUGCCAAACACCAACAUGGGAGAGAUCCUUAGUGACAAGCGACCCGCGUCGUCAGGAGGGUGGGUCAGGAGUGUGUACAAUAGAAACCUUAACGCCGUCAAGGACGUCCCUCCCCAGUGGAUGGUCAAUGUUAAAGAUACAGCACGACUGCAUGUUGCUGCACUUCUAGAUCCAGAAGUGGAAAAUGAGCGGAUACUGGCCUUUGCACACCCUUAUAAUUGGAAUGACGUUUUGGCGGUUUUGCGUAAAAUCCACCCUGACAAGAACUUUCCGACGGACGUUGAGGAUGAGCCGCGAAGAUUUAAGCAAGUUGGAUAA